GGCGGGGCAUAGAGGAGGCAGGUUGUGCUAGGCGUGUGUGCAGGAAGCCUUGUAUUCUUUUUUGCUUUUCAUUUUUUUUUUUUGCGUAAAAGUGAGAUAAAAACCCAUGCGCAAGGCUUAAGACACAAACUGUGACAUGUUUUUCAUACUAGGACACUGAUAAAUUCAUCUCUAACGGAAUAAAUCCUUUGUGUUAGCGACGUAUGUUCUGAAAAUUAUAUAAGGUUUGCUUCAAAUAUUCUGUGCAUAUUUCUGUUACAGUUUAGAUAAAUAUUUACGAGUUGAAUGAGAAUCGUGUUUGUGGAUAGUGUUUUGUUCCUGAUUGUCAGUGCAGCCGUGGGUAUCAACAAGACUGUAAUCUCAGGGAAGUGCCGCCUGUCGAACCGGGAUGAGGAACUCUACGCUGCUCAAAUGGGCGCAGAACAACAACAAUAACAACAACAACAAUAAUAAUAAGCAAACCGGUAAGGCAGGAGGCAACAGAAACUGGAUCCACCCGCCGGAUGCUCUACAACGAGGUCAUAUAGCUUAUCUAGUCAAGUUUCUAGGGAAUACAGAAGUGGACCAGCCAAAGGGUAUUGAGGUGGUGAAGGAAGGGAUCCGUAAACUGAAAUUCAACCAGCAGCUGCGGAAAGCAGAAGGAAACAAGACGCCUAAAGUAGAACUCACCAUCAGUAUAGAUGGAGUUGCAAUACAGGAACCGAAGACAAAGCGCAUCAUGCACCAAUAUCCACUGCAUCGCAUAUCAUAUUGUGCUGAUGACAAGGGGGAAAAGAGAUUCUUCAGCUUCAUUGCUAAGGAGGCUGACUCAGAGAGACACAUGUGCUUUGUGUUCGUUAGUGACAAACUGGCUGAAGAGAUCACACUGACAAUUGGACAGGCAUUUGACUUGGCAUACCGACGAUUCUUGGAGACAUCAGGCAAGGAUUUGGAAGUACAGCGCCGGCUCAUGUUGCUCCAGCAGAAGGUAAAGCGACUGGAAUCGGAGAACUCGAUGCUGCGGCAGAGACUGAGCGACAUUGCACAGAUCAAGGGACAGAGUGACGUUGAAGAGUAUAUGUCACGGAAUGGGAUCACAGAUCUCCUGAGUAUUGACAGCAGCUCAAGCAGCAGUGGGACUACCACCUCUCCUUCCAGUAAUGAUUCCAACUACAGUUCUGACAAUAUACACAGUGGACAGAACAAGGAGAAUGGCAAUCUCCUGAACUUGAGCACUGGGUCCAGUAAUGGGAUCAGCACUCCACCCUUUUCUGCAAGCUUAGCCCAGCCACCUCCUGUGCCACCCAGAGCCUUUGAAGUCGGUAGCGGCAGCAAACCAUUUGGAGAGAGUGAUUUCAUCGGUGAUAUGCUGUCAUCAUCGGCCCAGCCAUCUGUUGGAACAAAGCUGGAAGGGUUGCUACUGGAUGAACUGGAGGAAGAUUUCAAUCCACGAGCAUAUGAACAGAUGCCCAGCAACAUUAACAGCAGUGGGAGUGUUACAUUAUCCAGCUCAAACGGCUCUGUUUCUUCUCCACCUUUAUUGGCCCCACCUCCAAAAGUGCCCAGAGACUCAUCCAGACGUACGCACACACACAACAAUGGCACAGUUGCACAGAAUGCAGAUCCGUUCAAGGAGGACCUGUUUGGCUCCACUCCAUUUAAUCCUGCUUCAUCCUCAACAUUGUCAUCACCCUCUGCUGCCAGCAGGGCUGCAAUGAAGCAACCAGUGCCUUCAGCAGUAGGCGUUCUGUCUGAUCCAUUCGGAAUGGGAGAUUUUGGCAACCAUGACAGUGGGGACCCAUCUCAGCAGGAGCUGGAGAAUGCCAUUGGGCUUUUAGACAAGAGACUUCUGGAGAUGAAGGAUGGUUUCAGUCGAGGACUUUCAUUUGGUAAUGAAGACUUCUCCCUAGAAAGCCUGGAUCCACUUCGUAAUUAGGGAAUAAAAGAGCACAUCACUCUACGGCAGAUGUUGUAUGUUGGCAUGGGAAUGUUCUCCUCAAUCAGUCUGUUGGCAUAAGUUGUCACUACUGUUGCAUCGUCAUCUUUAACAGCCAGCAGUUCUGCUUUGGUGGACAUGGAAAGAAUGAGAGUCAAGAUAUUACAGUUAAUAUUUUGUGUGUAUGUACAUGAUAAGUUUUAGCUUUGCAUAUGUAUGUUAUAUAGCAACUUGAUAAUAUUCCUCUCUGUAAGUAUUCAUUAUGAUUGUAUGCAGCGUGUAAGUUGAAUUAAUUUAAAGAAAAUGGCUGAGGACUUGGUGCUGUGUUUGCCUAGUGGUAGAUAAAAAGACUUGGACAGUGUAUCAUCUCUCUUCAAGAGUAACAUAAGUUGUUAAAAGAGUUGAGUAUUGAGUCUUCUUACGAAGUGACUUUUAGCUCAUUGCUGUUGUGCCAGAUUAAAUUGAGGCUGUUUAAUUAAGCUGUAUAAUUUUUGGAAGAAAGCAAUGACUGUUUAAGAAAAUGGAAUUUUGCCAUAUCAUACAUUUUCAGUUAAGAAUGUAUGUACAUUGCCGUGUAUGAAUGCUUCAGGAAAGCUGUUUGGCAUUACAGCAUAUCAGAUCAUUAGGUCUGGAGGAAAAAAUGGUAGUUACGAAUUAUGGAACUUGCAGUAGGAAAGGUUUUUUUAUAGCCCUAACUAUGUGCAGUAAAUUUCACAGUUGUUUUCUGUCCAGGGACCAUUAACAAUUUUGUUUAUAGGGCAGAUUGAACUGCUGUAUAUAGUAAUACUCUAGUAUAAUUAUCCAAAAUGGAAAAAAUGUAAAGACAUGGGACCAAAAUAUGUAUUAAAAAUGCUAGCUUUAUUGUGUAUUUGUACAUGAUAGUAUUGCUGCUAUUUUUGCAGCACAAUUGUUUGAAUUCAAUGAUAGAUUUAAGAAGGAAUGUUGCAUUUAAUAUGGAAAUUAUAUUGUUAGAUUUAAUAAUAAAUAUAUUUUCAUAUAAAGUUUUAGCAUAUUCUUAAACAUUGAGGAGAUAAAUUUUACCUCUUUGUAAUAUUUGUUAUAGUUACAUUUUCUGUCUUGAGACAUGAAGUGAUCUGCUGUAUAUAAUGACUGUAUGAAAUGAUCCAUUUUGUUAUUGUAAUGAAAAUAUUUUUCCUUUUGUUUAUGAUA